AUGUCGUCUGCGAUAGCCUCUCUUGAUGCCUCAGAACAACCUUCUGCAGAAACUUCGGAAGUGGAACCACAACUACAAUUGACCCCACAUGCACUCCUCUACAUCAACGUUGGGGAUGAUGUCCCCUCUCUAGUGCUUCAGCUUUUGUCUUUUGAAAAAUUGACGGCUAAUGAAAAUGACAGUGCCCGAUAUAGGGUUGUUUUGUCUAAUGCCACACACAUGCAAUUGGCGAUCCUCCCACCUAAGUACAACGAUCUGCUACUUUCAGAGACAUUAAAGAUAGGCUCUAUCCUAUCGUUGACAGCUUAUGCUUGUAGAAAUAUUUGGAACUCGAGGACUAUAGUAAUAUUCAGCCUUGCUGUCAAAUUUACAAAUUCUCCAUUGCUUGGAAAACCUAGAUCCCUGUUUAAAGAGAAAGAACAACAAAUGUUGGGUCAAGACACACGCACAACUAAACGCUCCCUCAAAUUUGGAAUACACCUCCCACCCAUGCAACACAAAUCUUCUAUUAAUAUCAGGCCGAUUAAAGCCUUGGACCCCUUUCAAAAUAAAUGGACGAUAAAGGGGCAUGUGACAAACAAUAGGAAGAUGCAUCAGUACAGUACACCAAAGUCCGUUGGCCAAGUGUUUAGCUUUGACAUGAUAGAUGAUGAAGGUACUGAAAUUAGAAUAACUUGCUUUGGCGAUGUAGCAGAGAUGCAUUAUCAUAGGGUUGAAGCAGGAACAUAUUAUACUGUAUCUAAAGGUUGCAUUAAAGAAGCUGACACAAAAUGGAAUAAGCUUAACAACCAUCUUGAGAUAACUUUGGAAAACAAUUCAAUAUUGAAGCGUUGUGAUGCUGUUGUUGAUAGUGAAGCAAAUAAUUCUUGA